AUGAGCCAGCAGCUCACCCCUCCGUGGGGCUAUGCCAAGGAGAACGGGCCUGAUCGUUGGCAUGAAACUUAUCCAUUGGCCAAAGGAAAUAAUCAAUCGCCAAUAGCAAUCCUUACCAAAGAUGUCUUCAAAGACCCUGUUCUACUGCCUUGGUUUACGAGUUAUGAUCCAGGCGCAUCAAAGGCCAUAUCAAAUACUGGGAAAACUUGCCGGAUCGCAUUUGAUGACACCUUUGAUCGCUCAGUAUUGAGGGGUGGACCCCUCCCAGGAAUUUACAGGCUGCGUCAGCUCCACAUCCACUGGGGUUCCACAGACGACAAAGGUUCCGAGCAUGUUGUGGAUGCAACAAGGUAUGCAGGAGAGAUUCAUGUGGUGCAUUGGUAUUCAAAGUACAGUAAUUAUGGAGAUGCUGUGAGAAAACCGGAUGGCGUGGCGAUUUUGGCCAUUCUUAUACAGGUAGGGAAAACUCCCAAGCCAGAAGUGAAGAGAAUUCUUGAAGAAAUGACUGCUAUUAAGACAAAGGGAAAAGAAGCUCCUUUUCCAAACUUUGAUCCCUCAAUUCUUUUCCCUAAAAACCGGAGCUACUGGACCUACCAAGGUUCUUUUACCACACCUCCUUGUGAAGAGUGUGUUACCUGGAUUCUUCUGAAAGAACCUAUUGUUGUCAGCGAGGACCAGAUGGAAAAGCUUCGUUGCCUUUCUAGCAAGACUGCAGAUGAACCCCACUGCCCUUUGCUGGACAACUGGCGGCCUCUUCAGCCUCUCAAUAACAGGAUGGUGAGAACUCCGUGCCAAUAGAAUCUUUGUUGAAGUCCAUGGUCUUCAAAUC